CCUUUUUGCAUUCAUAUAAUUUUUUCCAAAGGUGUAAAAACGUGCGUGUUUCCACAAGCGGCGGUCAUGUGUCUCAGUGCGCUGGAAGAAAAAAGAUCUGACGUUCGGCUACGGCUGUUGUCGGUGAUGGUGAUGCUCUCAGUCUCCGGUUGUUCAAGCAUGGACGUUAUUGUGACCAGUAAAAUCAACGUGAUGAAUGGGUCGGAUAUCAAAAUCCCAUGCACAUUCACUUCUUGUUAUAAAAUAGACACAAACAAGUUUGUCAUGAACUGGACCUACCAUGAAUCAAUCAAUGAUACGGAACAAAUGUUUAUGGCAUACUACCGGAAGAAAGGAAUGGUGGCUUUGCUUCCAGAGCGAUUUGGAGAAAGGGUGCUGUUUGCAGGAAACCUGGAAAAAAAUGACCUGUCAAUCACCCUAUUAGACGUCCAGGAGGAAGAUGAAGGGAUUUACAACUGUUAUGUGAUAAAUCUUCCGGACCGCAUACAUGGACAUGGGGUCAUAAGACUUAAGGUUUUUACUGAACUUCCCCCACCGAGAGACUCAACAAUUGCCGUUGCCAUUGGUGCAUCAGUGGGCGGAGCACUUGCUCUCCUUAUCCUUUCCAUGGUGGUUGUGAAAUUUCUCCGUCAUCAUCUCAAACAGGAUCUGACUUCAGAAGAGAAGAUGGAGGAGGAGGGGAAAUUAGAGGCUGAAGGUGCCACAGAGGAAGGAACAAAACAACCUUAAAUGGGCCGCCAGAACAAACUAGUCGCCCGCAGAGCUGUCAACCCAGCACCUCCACUGAAGAUAUGCUUCAUCUUUCUUCUGUCCGUAAGAACCACACUGACUGAUUGACCACCAAGUGCAUCUGUUCCCUCUGCAUGUUUGUGUGUUUCGGUGGACAAGAGUGUGUUUUUAACGUGUGUCUUUAAGAAAGAGCGAGAGAUGUGUGUUUGUCUCUUUACAGACAGCAAUUAUAUCUACGCAUAGCUUAACUACUGCUAUGUUAUUAAUGUCAAUCUAUCAAAAGAAUAAAUUUGUUAUAGAGGUUACAGCUGGAAGAUAUGACCUCACAGGUAAGAAGAAACUACAAAGAAAAUUUGUUUGCUACAAUAUUGUACUGUAUUGACCAAAGUAUUGAGAUAUCGGAAAGGAAAUAUGGAUUUUUCUGCCUCUGUGUUUUGCAUAAAUAUACCUUUCUAAUGAGAUGUUUGAGUUUCCUGAUCUUGCAAAAUCUCCAUUCCAGGUGUUUGAUAGGGUGAAGGCCAGGGCUGUCACGUUCUCCCACACCUAAAUCAUCCAAUUUCUUUUAAAUGAACCACAUGCGGUUCUUUCCUCCUUCAGUUGUGGAUCUGUAAUGUUGGAAAAUAGAUCAUUAGUAUUUGUUUCAAUUAGUUUCUUUGUUUUUCUAUUUCUAAAUGUUCCGAUUAUGGUAUAACACACUACUCAUGCUCAAAAUAUUCAUCAAAAGCGCUGAUAUUGUGACACCUUGUGUGUGUGGUACCUAUCUUGUGUCGAUAUCAUGCAUUUGAAUACAAUGCUGUCAGAUUCCUAAUGGCUUUCUUAAUUAAUGGCAUAGAAUAUGUAAUAUUUGCAAACCACAUUCUAAAGCACUUGAACCAAAAUCAAUUUUAUUGCAUCAAGCAUAACCAAAUUAGAAUAUAUAAAAUAAUUAAUUGACUAAUUAAAUAUGUAAAAUAAGAAGCUUAUACUAAUAGCGCAUCACAGUGGUUUUCACUGUGCACACUGGUGGAGUUUUUGUCCUUUUGACAUUUUCGUAGCGGAGAAGAGCGAUUGCACCUUUGUGGCAGUGAACAACCACUGACUUGAUUCCAAGCUAAUGGAAGUGACUUCUCGUAUUUUCCAUUAAAUUCAGCGCAGGUGAGGCGCGCAGUCUACAUACAUACCUGUUUUUAGCUGCCAGGGGGCGUGUCAUAGAAAACGCCCUUAGUCUGCCAAAAUCAAGCGCAAUCUGCCAAAUUCUAAACUUAAUUGCCCCAGCACAAACAUCAAAAUGUGCCACUUUUUAUCCCGAGCGCACUUGCACUUGUCUAUGAAAAUAGAGCCCCGUGUCUUUAAAUACAUGCACAGUAUACAUUUGGACAGGAUGUAGUCUUCACUAUAAUAAACUAUAAUUUCACUGACUUUGCAAAAUGUUUCUCAGAAUAUUCAUAGCAGAGUUUGAUGUUUAUCUCCAGACACAGUCGCUUUUUCAUUGGGUCAAAGUUUUAUUUGUUUCCAAGGGAGGUUACUAAAUGCCUGUUGUGAUGAAUGCACAAGUUUUUGUUUUUGUUGUUCUAGUGCACGUUCUCUGAUUUUACCUUUGCGUCAGAUACAAAUAUACUCUCAUAUUGUGCUGGUUAUACAAUUGCAUUCAUGCUUCUGUGAUUUAAGGAAAUUGCUACUUCAGACACCAUGUUAAGCUUGUAAUAGUGAGUAAAUCAUCACAUCGGAGUAGGACGUAAGAAGCUCAAAAACAUUGUUAAUUGUAAUGUAUCCAAUCUCAGAAGUUAAACAGAUGCCAGACUUUGUUUUGUUUAGUUUUGCAUUACAACCACGUCAUUAUAUUAAAGCAUGGACACUGUAGUAGACUUAUUGCAUGUUCAUUAACACAUUUCAACAUGUACCAAUGUAAGUUAUGUCAGACCGAGAGACAAACAUGAUUUUAUCUGAGCAUGCUUACCUAAUUGUUUACACUGUGUAGCAAAUGGGCACCUUUCUUCAUAUUGCACUUCUUUUAUUGGGAUAAAAGGAACGUGUUUUUAAAAAGAAAAAUACUGCCUAGAUGUUUCAUAUCAUUUUCUGUAGGUCAAAGAUUAAUAUGAAAGUGUGGUAUAGAAGCAUAGAUCCAAAAACAAGUCCAACCACAAUUGUCUUUUAUAAGGAUUUACAUUCCAAAUGCAGCAAAGCAAACGUCUUUGUCUGUGUGUGUGUGUUUGUGUUUGUUUUUAAAAUACUUUCUUUUAAUUCCUGCCUCAAAGGUCAGGUCACUAUUUUGCACAUUGUCACAUAUUUUACAUCAGUGAUCCUCAACUGGUGGGUCGGGGCCCAAAACUGUGUCGGCGAUCUAUUUUGGGAGGGUCACAUUUGAGAGAAAAAUGGCAUUUGUUUGCUGAUAUUUUACAGAACAGUACUGAGGUAUAUCAAGUCCCCAGGUAGAACAUACAAUUUGCAUAAUUGUCAGAAAAUGUUGUUGAUGUGUGCUCUAUUUACUCCCUACUUUGAAAACAAUUACAGUGCAGCUAUUUGGUUAACAGGUUUCUGUUAACAAUAUGCCAUGCCGAUACUAUGUCAAACUCAUUUGAAAUUGAAUUUGAACAAAUAAAAUACUCUUAGACUUUUAAACAAAAUAAAAAUGCUUCAUUCAUGUUAACUUAUUAAAGUGGGUCAGGACCUUGCAGUGAUAGAAACAUGUGGUUACCAGAGUAUCAACAGUUGAGAACCACUGUUUUUUUAUAUCAUAUUAUAUUUGAGAGCAUGUAAAACAAGCUAUAAAAGAGAAAAGCAUAUAAAAAGUUACAUAAAUUGUUUACUGGAACGUGUAGAUUUGUAAUCAGAACAUGGCAUGGUGAUUGUAUGCUAAGGAUGUAUCCUUAAUUUAAGCACCGUGAAUGUUGAAAAA